AUUUUCAUCGGAGUGUUGCUGCUGGACUCUCAGUUCUCACUUUUUUACAUUAGAGCGCUGUUAGAAAACCCCCUUAAGCAAAUUGACUCAAUUUUAUGUACUUUUUCUGACUAUUGUUCAGAAAUGUCUACCGACGGAAACGACUCUCCACUUAUCAGAGCUCCAAGUGAGCAAACUUCAAUUAACAUGGGACCUCAGGGACGAUCUAACAAUCAGGCCCUGAAGGUGGCAGGAGUGACUCUGCUGGCUGGCAUACUGAUCGCAGGUCAGGCCUUCACCGCCUACAUGGCCUACAACCAGAAGGAGCAGCUCAACACCCUGGAGAGACGCAGUGACCGCCUGCAGGAGAUCAGCCGCAAGUCUGUCAUGCGUGCCCCCUUGCAAAUGCAUCUCCCCAUGAGCUCUCUCGCUCUGAAAUAUGAGGAGGAGCCCAAGGAGAAGAAGGAUUCCUCUUCCUCAACUCCUAAACCAGAGCUCACCCAGUGCCAGAAGGAGGCUUCUGGGGAGGUUAAGAGUCUCCUGCCAUCCUUCCGCCCCAGGUGUGAGGAGAAUGGAGACUAUCUGGCCAAGCAGUGCUGGGACAAGACUGACUGGUGCUGGUGUGUGGACAAGAACGGCGUUGAGAUUCAAGAUUCCCUGAAUAACAGCAGUGAUGCUAAGUGUCAGGGCUUCAGUUCCGCUGAUCAAGUGGUGUUGGAGCCUCUGGUGGGGACAGAUGGCCAGUGAAAAGGAGCAGUUAAAACAUAAUUAUCAUUUUCUGGUAUCUUUAACACUUUAUGUCACUUUAUGGUUUGGUUUGAGGUAAACUUCUUCAUUCAGUAUAUUAAGAUUUUUUGCUGUCACAACAGCAGAAAUCGAAAAUAAAGUUAAUUGUUUUGUAUUGUACUGGUAAUUAUUACUGACCAUAGUAGAUUAACUUCAGCUGUGUUGACCUUUUCUGAAAAGCUUUCACUUAAUGUUGGAAUUGUACUGUUGAUUACUAUUGCUUUUUUUUUU